UAACGUUUUGUGUUGUGGGUAAAACAGUCACUGAACCCGGAGGAACCAUGAAGGCAGACCUGCCUGGUCAGAUCUGUGGGUCCGUCUGCUGUGUCGUCCCUUUGUGAAUGAAAUCAUCGCAGAUCAAAUAUGAAGUUUUCUGUGAGAGCGAUGUGUGACAACAGCGGAACGAAAGUUAGCCGCCCUCCACCGCCGGAACUUCCCUAUGCGACACCAGGUGGAAGUAAGCAGGAAAAAGCGGAGGUAGCCUUAACUUUCCACGGGUGUUGGGGUCAAACGCCAGUAAAGUUUGAAGGUAACAGAGUGUAUAGUUGUGUGUGAGCUGUGGCAGUAACAAUGGCUUCAGUUCAGUAUCUGAGAGAGUUUAUCAACGAGCGACUAACUGCUGCUGCUGAACAAAUAUUCUUGGAGUUUGAAAAAACGAUCGUCCAGUACGAGGAAGAGAUCGACCGUCAGCGCAGACUGCUGGAUAUCACCUGGAAACCCCAAAUCAAGCUUCGGAGGAUAGACCUUCCACUGCGACUCCUCCGCAAAGAGGAGGAGGUUCUCCCUGAGCAGCAGCUCUGGAACCAGGAGAGGAGCUCCAGUGUGGACCAGGAGGAACCAGAACCUCCACAGAUUAAAGAGCAACAGGAGGAACUGUGCAGCAGUCAGGAGGGAGAGCAGCUGGAACUGGAGGAGGAGACUGAUACCUUCAUGGUGACUGCUACUUACAAGGAAAGCGACCUCAGUAACACCACUCACUCUGACUCCAGUGUGUUUGUUGGGACUGAAUCCAGAGAAGCAUUCAAAGUUUUAAAUAAUUCUACCCAGAUCAAGAAAGACAUCAACCAUCAGCCCAGAGAGCUGGAUGUCACCUCCAGUGCUGAGAAAGAUCUGCAUAGAACAGACCUCCCACAGCAGUACGUCUAUAAGCAGGAGGGGGUUCUCCCUCAGCAGCAACUCAGGAUCCAGGACAGGAGCUCCAGAUUGGACCAGGGAGAACCAGAACCUCCACUGCGCACAGAGGAACAGAACAAACUGUGCAGCAGUCAGGAGGGAGAGCAGCCCGUAGUGACAGAGACGAAAACUUCUACGGUGACUUCUGCUCACAGCAAAAGUGACCACAGUGAAUCAGAAGCAAACCGUGACCAGCUCCUCGCUCACAGCUCUGCUGCAGCUGAGAGCCGACAUCAGGAAGGAGGGAAGAAGGGAGAUUCAGACUCUGGAACUCCAGAGUCAAAACUUCAUGUAAAUAGAAGUCAGAGCAACAAUUCAGAAGAAUUCCCGCCAUCAGCGAGUCAGUGUAACACUGACACAGGUCGAAAAUCUCUCCAGUGUGACAUUUGUGGAAAGUCUUUUAAGAAAAAGUGUCAAAUAAAGGAGCAUUACAAAAUCCACACAGGUGAGAAACCAUUCACCUGUAAGACAUGUGAGAAAAGUUUUGCUCAGAAGAGCACUUUGCUGCGCCACAUGACUGUCCACACAGGAGAGAGGUUGUUUUCCUGCCACAUAUGUGGCAAAACUUUUAGGCAACGCGGGAAUCUGAUGAUCCACCUGAGAAUCCACACCGGUGAGAGGCCGUAUUCCUGCACAGUGUGUGAAAAGACUUUCAGUCAGAGUAGUCAUUUGUUGGGCCACAUGCGAAGCCACAGAGGAGAGAAGCCGUACCUGUGCGAGGACUGUGGGGAUUGUUUUUCCGAAUCAUCGUCACUUAAAUUACACAAAGUGAUCCACACAGGAGAGAGGCCUCAUUCUUGCCAGUUAUGUGAGAAAACGUUCAUUAAACGCAGUAACCUGCUGCGCCACAUGAGAACGCACACAGGAGAGAAACCAUAUGUUUGUGAGACCUGCGGGGAAAGAUUUACUCUGUCAACGUCGCUAAAAAGCCACAACGCGAUCCACACAGGAGAGAAGCCGUAUCACUGUAAAACCUGUGGGAAAAUGUUCCGCCAGAGUCAUCAUUUGUUGUUUCACAUGAAAACCCAUAAACAGACAUUUUAAGAACCACUGCCCUAAUGAAAACAUAAUGCAUCUUUUAGAAUAUGUUACAUGUUAGAUUCCUUUUCCUUUUGGAGAAAGCCAUGUUUAAAGUCUUCUUGCUGUGGUUGGUUGGAUGCACUGAGAACCUUUCUGACUGACCAGCAGGACUGAGUUCAUCCAUCCAUCUUCUGCUGCUGGGUUUGGGACAGUAGCCUGAGCAGAGAAGCUCAGACCUCCUUCAGGGGAACACUUAGGUAUUCCCAAGUCAGGCGAGAGGUGUAAUUGUUCUGGAUCUGCCUCGGGGCCGCAUCCUGUGAUUUUGUUCUUUCAUGUUUUGUUUUUUUUAUCCUAAUUUCUUGUUUUGGGAGAUUUCUUUGACACUCUGGAAGAGGACUUUGUAACUGUUCUAAUAGCAUUAUAUCAACCUCUCAGAGAUUCCAGUUAUUUGUAAGUUCAACACAUUUUCAGUGAUUUUCUACAGCAGCUUUUGGAUAAUUUUAUGACAUUUUAAAUUUAUAAUGGCGAUGUAAAUAUUAAUUUAAAUUCAAAUAUUUAUUUGUCACAUACACAGUCAUACACAGUAUGAUUGUUCUGUUAUCACUGAAAGUUGUAAAAUGUUGUAUCACUAAAAUAUCAUUCUCAGUCAGUUGUUAUUCAUUAUCUGUUUACAGCGCCCUCUGUGGUUGGUCCAAGUAAUGCACUUUAAAAACGGCUUUAUUUUGAAAAAACUUUAUUGAACAGGAAGUCCGCUCAGUCAAGCAAAGCAAGCGAGCAAGAAGAAGGGAAACAUAUCGCCACACAGUUUAUGGUGUCCUGUUGGAAAAAAUACUGUCCACAUCUUCUGUUUAUGGUUGUAUCGCCGGUAUGUACUUAAAGUAUAAGUUGCAACUUUGUUUUUGUGCAAUAUGUUGCCCGCUAAUGCAGUAUUUGGCUGUAAAGCUAGUCCUUUUGUUAAGCUAGUUACCCGCGAUUUUGGAGGUCGUCUGGGAUAGCAUCAGUAGUAGUUUAAAAAGUUUACAUAAUUAGACAUAUGCUAUGUAGUAGCAUUGUGGUAUAUAAAUGCAUAUUAUGCUGCACAUAUGUAUGUCACAUGACUGUAUUUUUUGUCUUGUUUUUAGUUUUACCCUUUUGAAUGUCAGUAAACCUGUUGGCAACGCUCA